ACCAUGGCCUCUGGGAGCAGUGGCCUCGCCGCCUGCCGCCUCCUGACUCGCUAUUUCCUCGUGCAGCAGAAUGGACUUCGACACUGUUCCUAUACAUCUUCUAGGAAAAACCUCUACAUCAAUAAAAAUACAAAAGUUAUCUGCCAGGGUUUCACUGGUAAGCAGGGCACCUUCCACAGCCAAAAGGCAUUAGAGUAUGGCACCCAACUAGUUGGAGGAACAACUCCGGGGAAGGGAGGCAAGAUGCAUUUGGACUUACCAAUCUUCAAUACUGUGAAGGAGGCCAAAGAACAGACGGGAGCGACAGCAUCUGUCAUUUAUGUUCCACCUCCUUUCGCUGCUGCUGCAAUUAAUGAAGCUAUGGAGGCAGAAAUGCCCUUGGUGGUGUGCAUCACCGAAGGCAUCCCACAGCAGGACAUGGUGCGGGUCAAGCACGCACUGCUGCGCCAGGGAAAGACCAGGCUCAUCGGGCCCAACUGCCCCGGAGUCAUCAACCCUGGAGAAUGCAAAAUUGGUAUCAUGCCUGGUCAUAUUCACAAAAAAGGAAGAAUUGGUAUUGUGUCCAGAUCUGGUACCCUAACUUACGAAGCAGUUCACCAAACGACACAAGUUGGAUUGGGGCAGUCCUUGUGUAUUGGCAUUGGAGGUGAUCCUUUUAAUGGAACAAAUUUUAUUGACUGCCUUGAAGUAUUUCUGAAUGAUCCAGCCACAGAAGGUAUCAUAUUGAUUGGUGAGAUUGGUGGUAAUGCAGAAGAAGAUGCUGCAGAAUAUUUGAAACAACAUAAUUCAGGUCCAAAUGCCAAGCCUGUGGUGUCCUUCAUAGCUGGCUUAACCGCGCCACCCGGCAGGAGAAUGGGUCACGCAGGGGCAAUCAUCGCUGGGGGGAAGGGAGGCGCUAAGGAAAAGAUCUCGGCCCUUCAGAACGCGGGAGUUGUGAUCAGCAUGUCCCCUGCACAGCUGGGGAGCACCAUCUACAAGGAGUUUGAAAAGAGGAAGAUGCUCUGA